UCAAGUGCUGGUACCACAUGCCGCAAACGACGACUCUCAUCUCUCAAGUCGUCGCUUCUCGUGAUACUACAGUAUAUAUUUGUUUCUACAAACUAAUCAGCAACAUAUAUAUGAGUAGUUAAAACAAAGCAAGAGAGCACAUACAGCUAGCUAGCCAUGACGCUGUUCAAACUCCUUAUGGUCAUACACAUUCUGCUCAAACUCACCAAUGUUUCUUCCCAACAAGCUGAAUUCGUCUACACCGGCUUCCAGCCCAAAGACAUGACCCUCGAGGGAGCGGCUACGUUUACCAGAAACGGACUCAUCAAGCUCAGCAACGACAGCAAGCAACACUCCCACGCGUUCCAUUCCACCCCAAUCAAAUUCAGAAAAAACAACGCUUCGUCGGUGCCCUCGUUCUCCACCACUUUCGCGUAUUCCAUAGUCUCGGAAUACCCCAAAAUCAGUAGCCACGGAAUGACCUUCUUUAUUGCACCCACCACGCCUUUCCCGGAUGCUCCGCCUGUGUAUUUUGGCCUUUACAGUCCCCUGACAAUGGGGAACGCCACGAAUCAUGUUUUCGAUGUGGAGAUUGAUACGUUGCAGAAUGAUGAGUUUGGUGACAUUGAUGGGAAUCAUAUGGGGAUUAAUAUCAAUGGAUUAUUCUCGAAUGCCUCGCAUUCUGGAGGAUAUUAUAGGGAUGAUACAGGGGAGUUCUUGAAUUUGUCCCUGAUUAAUACGCCUCGGCCUAUGCAGGUUUGGGUUGAGUAUAGUGGCGCCAAGAAGCGGGUUGAGGUCACACUAGCUCCCCAAGGUAUAGGCAAGCCCAAGAAACCGCUCAUGUCGUUAGAUUAUGAUCUUGAUCAGGUGAUCGAUGAGGAAAUGUAUGUGGGUUUUUCUUGUGGGACUGGGCCAAGAACUAUUUCACUGCACUAUGUUCUGGGAUGGAGCUUUGUGGUCAAUGGUAAGGCUGCAGAGCUUGACCUGUCAAAGCUCCCAAAGCUUCCUCGAAUUGGGCCUAAGAAGAAAUCAAAAUUCUUGACUAUUGGGUUGCCAGUGAUUUUGGUGACUGUGAUGGUAAUGAUCGUUUCGGGGAUAGUUUAUUAUGUAAGGAGAAAGAAGAAAUUCGCGGAGGUUCUGGAAGAUUGGGAGCUUGAGUAUGGUCCUCACAGGUUCAAGUACAAGGAUUUGUAUGUGGCUACUAAAGGUUUUAAAGACAAGGAUUUACUGGGGGUAGGGGGUUUUGGUAAGGUUUACAGAGGUGUGUUACCAAACUCCAAAGUUGAGAUUGCCGUGAAGAAGGUGUCCCAUGAAUCAAGACAAGGAAUCAGAGAAUUCAUUUCUGAGAUUGUUAGUAUUGGGAGGCUCAGGCAUCGAAACAUAGUCCCCCUCUUGGGGUACUGUCGACGAAAGAGUGAAUUGCUUCUGGUUUAUGAUUUUAUGCCGAAUGGGAGCUUGGAUAAGGCCCUUCACGACCAACCAAAAUUAAGGCUGAAUUGGAGGCAGAGAUUUCAGGUCAUAAAGGGUGUGGCCUCAGGGCUGAACUACCUACAUCAAGAUUGGGAGCAGGUGGUCAUUCAUAGGGAUGUUAAGGCUAGCAAUGUUUUAUUAGAUCAUGAAUUAAAUGGAAGAUUAGGAGACUUUGGGCUAGCAAGACUGUAUGAUCAUGGAACAGACCCUCAAACAACCCGUGUAGUUGGAACUAUCGGUUAUUUAGCCCCAGAACAUCACAGAACCGGCAAGGCCACAACUAGUACUGAUGUCUAUGCUUUCGGUGCAUUUUUGCUAGAGGUCACUUGUGGCAAAAGGCCAAUAUAUGUACAGCCCGGUGCAGAAGACGUGAUUCUGGUUGAUUGGGUGUGCUCAUGUUGGAAUCACGGUGACAUUGUUGCUUCAGUGGAUCCGAAUCUAGGGAUUUUUGAUUAUGUGAAGGCGGAAGUGGAGUUGGUUCUGAAACUUGGCCUAAUGUGUUGCAACACGGAGCCUUCAGCCAGGCCUACGAUGCAACAAGUUGUGCAAUACUUGGAAGGUCAUGCGCCGCUCCCAGAAUUAUCAGCAGUGAUCAUAUCUUCGGCUGGCUUGGCAUUUGAACCAUUUUCUAACAUUGCCAUGUCAAAUUAUUCAUCAUCUUCUGCGGGAAAACCUUAUUCUCAACCAGUUUCACUGAUUGCAGAUUCGAUAUUCUCUGGUGGUAGAUGAACUACAAGUUUCAGCUUGUGUUGUAGUUGUUUUUUAGUUACUCUAUUAUUUAGGGAUGCAGAAAUGCUAUCUCCAUGUUCUUAUGUAUGGAUCGAUGUCGCAGUAUGCUGUAUUUCCUUUACUUCAUAAUAAGUUUUUAGUUCUUA